AAAUGGCAGGGGAUAUGGGCUUUGCUAUGUAAGGUAUCCAGCACCAAAGCUCCCACAUCCUGAUCCCGGCUCCCAUCGUUUUUGACUUUCUCUUUGUCUUCGGGAAAGACGGGGAGUGAAAGAGGCAGCCUGUGGUCAAGGUGGCAGAUAGAGGGACAGGACUACAGAGAGCAGAAGAUCACCAUCAUCACUCUCUUCCCGAGCUUGGGCACCGCGUCUCAGUCCCAGUGUCCUGUGGGCCUCUUCUCCUCACCUGUAGCCGGGUGCUGAUCUCCAUGGGAACCAUGAAGGCCCUCUGCCUUUUCCUGCUGGCCUGCUUCUACCUGGCCUCCUUUAGUGACGCCGAGGAAGGACUGGAGUUCCCCAGCUUCGACGGCAAGGAUAGGGUGAUCGACAUCAGCGAGAAGAACUACAAGAAGGCACUGAAGAAGUAUGACAUGCUGUGCCUACUCUACCAUGAGCCUCUGACCUCCAGCAAGGAGCUUCAGAAGCAGUACCAGAUGACAGAACUAGUGUUGGAGCUGACUGCCCAGGUGCUGGAGGACAAGGACAUUGGCUUCGGAAUGGUAGACUCUCAGAAGGACGCCAAGGUGGCCAAGAAACUGGGACUUGAGGAAGAGGGCAGCAUCUACGUCUUCAAGGAAGACCGUGUCAUCGAAUUCGAUGGCCAGCUGGCUGCCGACAUCCUGGUGGAGUUCCUGCUGGAUCUACUGGAGGAUCCUGUGGAACUUAUCAGUAACUCUAUGGAGCUGCGUGCCUUUGACAACUUGGAGGAGGACAUCCGGCUCAUUGGUUACUUUAAAAAUGAGGAAUCGGAGCACUUCACUGCUUUCCUGGAGGCCGCAAAGCAUUUCCAGCCCUACGUCAAGUUCUUCGGCACGUUUGAGAAAGCCGUGGCCAAACAGCUGACUCUGAAGAUGAAUGAAGUGGACUUCUACGAGCCGUUCAUGGAAGAACCCGUGACCAUUCCAGGAAAGCCAGUUUCAGAGGAGGAGAUUGUAGACUUUGUCAAUAAACAUAGACGGCCUACACUGAGAAAACUGCGUGCUGAGGACAUGUUUGAGACCUGGGAAGAUGACAUGGACGGGAUUCACAUUGUCGCUUUUGCAGAAGAGGAGGAUCCCGAUGGCUUUGAGUUCCUUGAAAUCCUGAAGGAAGUGGCCAGAGAUAAUACAAACAACCCUGACUUGAGCAUUGUGUGGAUUGACCCAGACGACUUUCCCUUGCUGAUUACCUACUGGGAGAAAACCUUCAAAGUGGACCUGUUUAAGCCUCAGAUUGGCGUGGUCAACGUGACAGAUGCGGAUAGCAUUUGGCUAAAUAUGCCUGAUGAUGAAGAUCUGGCUACAGCAGAGGAGCUGGAAGACUGGAUUGAAGAUGUACUGUCUGGAAAGGUCAACACUGAAGACGACGACGAUGACGACGACGGUGAUGAUGACGAUAAUGACGAUGAUGACGACAAUGACGACGACGAUGAUAACGAAGAUGAUGAUGAUGACGAUGAAGAUGAGGAAGAUGAUGAAGAUGAUGAGGACAAUGAUGAUGAUUAGAUUAUACACAUUCUCGAAUUAAUUUUGGAACCUGGUAUUACCGGCAUCAUUUAAAAUCUCAUCUCACGCUGGACUCUGCAUUUCAAAGAAGCAACAAUAUCAAAAUGAAAUAUGUACCUUGAAUGCUUUUAUAGAGAAUUUUGUACAUUUUGUACGUGUAUUUAUCUCCUACUACAAUGCCUAUUUUUCAUCCCAAACAAAAGACAAUUUCCACCUGAUCAGUUUGGGCACCAAAAGUUGAAGGUAUCAAGUAGUAAUCAGAGAGUGAUCAAAGAAAGAUUUUUUUAACAUCACCCAUUCUGUUGGUAUUCUAUGAGUUGCUACAUUUGUUUUUAAUUAAGUUCCAUGUUAAUUGCUGCCUAUUGUAUGCAAUUAAAAGAAUAUUUCCCACAGACUAUCAUAAACUUACAGUACAGUCUCAUAGCUAUAUCCCGCUGUAAUAAACUUCCUGACAGAUA